AUGCCAUUAUCGCGAAUGGCGACGUCUUCAAUAUCAACGGCGGCGGCGGCAGCGAAGAAAAAUGAGGUUUACGGCACCACUCGGAAUUUAACAGAAGUUUUCAUGCUUCUGAGAUCGAAUGCCCAUCAAAGUCGACUCAUUUAUAAGGAUGAUUCGGAUGUGAUUGUUAGGAGUCGUGGAGAUGAAGAACGAAUGGCUCUAGUGGAAUUAGAAGACGGUCGUCAGGAAACAGAAGAGGAACCCGUUUGGAUUCAUACGGCAGAUCAAGUGGAAUUCGAGUUUGAACGGGUUCAACGACGACUCGAUGAGCUCGGAGAAGCACAGAGAAAACACAUUUCCCGACCAAAUUUCGGAGAUGAAGCAUUCGAAAAAGAGGAGAAAUUGAUGGAGCAGACGACAGAACAUGUCACACAAAUGCUCACUCAUUGUCAGCGGCUUAUCAGAAUGAUCUCUGGAAGUCACGGAAAAGAGAAACCAAUGCAACAGAAGCUUCGAGAGAAUGCGGCGGCGACGUUGAGUCUGACAUUGAGUCAGAUUACUGAUGAAUUUCGGGGGAGACAGUUGAAGUAUUUGAGUGAUAUUCAGAAUCGAUCUCGAAACGUGGACAACUAUCUCAUCACCACCGACCCGCUCAUCGAUGCACCGAAUUGGGCGGAGCUGGAAGUGUCUCCGUCGACUGAGCUCUCAAUGGCUCAACUCCAACAAUUUAUGAAUAAUGAUCGAGAAGUGAGAGAACGAGAGAAAGAAGUGAUGGCAGUGAACUCGUCGAUUCGCGAAUUGAAUACGUUGUUCCAGGAUUUGUCACAAAUGAUUGUCGAUCAAGGGAGUGUCAUUGAUAGAAUCGACUACAACGUGGAACAAUCGACGAUUCGAGUGUCGAAAGCGGUGGAAGACGUCUUCAAAGCGGAACGAUAUCAACGAGGAAACAAGAAAAUGCACUGCAUUUGUAUUCUUACUGUAGCUAUCAUUUUUGUACUAAUUUUGAUUAUUGCCACCAAGUUGUAG